AUGUGUAUAAAAACAGCUAGGAGAAGUUAUUCGGUACAGUUACCAAGUGGACUGGCAACGAUGAAGACGCUCCUGGUUCUAGUAAGUUUGAUCGCCUUGGCAGUAGCCGGCACGGUCGACACCCCGCCUACAUACAAGACUAAGACUGUUGACAAUGAUUUCGUCGUUAAGCAACAGAAAGUACUUAGCUUGUACUACCACUCUGGCCAAGUAAACACUGAUGCAGAAUACUUCACAGUCGGCAAAGACUACGACAUUGAAGCUCACAUUGGUGACUACACUAACCAAAAGGCCGUGCAAGAACUUUUAGACCUCUGGAAGACUGGCUUUUUGGCAAAGAACCUCCCGUUCUCCAUCUUCAAUGAAAGAUCAAAACAUGAAGCAGUCGCUCUCUUCCACGUCUUCUACUACGCCAAGGACUUUGAUGUGUUCUACAGGACCGCUGCCUCUGCUCGUGUAUACAUGAACGAGGGACAGUUCUUAUACGCUUACUACAUCGCUGUCUUGCACCGCCCUGACACCAAGGGAAUUGUCCUCCCAGCACCAUAUGAAGCCUACCCCGAACUUUUCACCAAUGUUGACACUUGGUGGAAGAUCAACCGCGUCAAGAUGCAAAAUGGUGUUGAUAGCUUUGAUUUGGGAUCAGAAUACGGUAUCGUAAAGGAGCAAAACGAAUAUGUCAUUUACGCCAACUACUCCAACCACUUUACCUACCCUGGAAAUGAGCACAAGAUUUCUUACUUCACAGAGGAUAUUGGCUUGAACGCUUACUACUACUACUUCCACGUUUUCUUCCCAUUCUGGAUGGAGAGCGAUGUACAACCUGACCUUAAAGAACACCGUGGUGAAAUCUACUACUACUUCUACCAACAGCUCUUGGCUCGCUACUAUUUGGAGCGUCUAUCCAGUGACUUGGGUGAAAUCCCUGAAUUCUCAUGGAAACACCAAAUUGAAACUGGUUACAAGCCGUCCAUGAAAUACUUCUACAACUUUGUUCAACGUCCUGAAUACUACCAGAUUCCGUACGAGAAACAUAUCAAGGAGAUCGAAUCACUCGAAUCAUACGAAACAACUUUCAUCCAAUACCUGCAACAAGGCCACUUCAAGGCUUAUAACCAAGACAUUGAUCUACACAACUCGAAAUCUCUCAACUUUGUUGGAAACUUCUGGCAAGGAAACUAUGACUUCUUCACUAAAGUAGGCCCAUGGAGUCACUCAUACACAUACGAACACAUUGCUCGCAACGUUUUGGGAGCAUCAGUGGAGACCUUUGGCAAAUACGAGUUCGCUCCGACCGCUCUCGAUUUCUACCAGUCCUCUGUCCGUGAUCCAAUCUUCUUCCAGCUGUACAGCAAGAUCUUGAAAUACAUCCUCGGAUACAAAAACUUCUUGACACCUUACAACCAAGAAAACCUUCACUACGUUGGUGUUAAGGUCAACGACGUUAAAGUAGACAAGCUGGUGACAUACUUCGACUACUACGACUUUGAAGUUACAAACAACGUGUACUACUCAAAGGAAGAAUUGAAGAGCAGUGCCUUCCCCUUCUUUGUCGUACGUCAACCUCGUCUUAACCACAAGCCAUUCACCGUUACUGUUGAUGUCAAAUCUGAUGUUGAGGGUGAUGCCGUUAUCAAAAUCUUCCUUGGACCCAAAUAUGACAGCAAAGGCUACCCAAUUGACCUCGAAGAGAACUGGCAAAACUUUGUCGAAUUGGACUGGUCCGUUCAAAAGCUUACUAAGGGACAAAACAAGAUUGAACGUCGCUCGACAGAAUUCUAUUAUGUCAGAGAAGACUCGACUCCAGUUCGUGAGCUUGUUAACUUGAUCUCGACUAGCAAGGUGCCACUUGACAUGUCUGUUAAGCCUGGUGCAUUCCCGAGCCGCCUUCUCUUACCUAAGGGUACCAAGGGUGGAUUCCCCUUCCAACUGUUCGUUGUUGUCUACCCAUACCAACCAGCCACCAAGCAAUUCGAGUCCAUCAAAGUAUUCGCCAAUGACAACAAACCCCUGGGCUAUCCUCUAGAUCGCCCAGUCAGCGAAAUUUACUUCAAGCAACCUAACAUGUUCUUCGAGGAAGUUAGAGUGUACCACGAGGGAGAAAUCUACCCAUAUGAAUACAAUGUACCCUGGAAUUUCGCCCACCAAAACGAAGUCAAGAAGCACUUAGUGUAAUGCCAAAAUAGUGGAAUAUAUAUUGUUGUUAACUGAGUAACUGUUAUAUUAUAUAUAUUAUAAAUAUUAUAUCUAUAGAGUAUAUAAAUAAAGCCAUUGUUAAUUA